CAAUUUAUCGUUGAUUCGACGCCUGUUUUAUUUUCACCAUCGAGGAUAUCUUUAUAUACAUGCAUCAGCUAUGAUGACACAAUUGAAUUAUCGAGGGAAAUGUCGAGACGUUAUUUGACACAUGGCAUUUAUAACUUCGUCGAAGAUCUUGAAGAAAGAAAUUUCAACAAUGUGAAACAUCAGAAUCUGUACAUGCUGGAUUUACACUGCGAUUAUGCCAUCGAAAUUUUACGACAGGCGCAUUCGAAAAGAAUGUUCGUCGCCCCGACAAAAUGGCUACUCGUUCAGGAUCGAAGAAUAACGAUUGAUAACAUCAACAUCACUUCCACGUAUGAUAACUUAGAGAUCUUUGAAGAUCUAGCAGUCUAUCCUGAUAGUGACGUGGUCCUGGCUCAACGGUUCGGUGAUGAUGUUCUUCAGCUGACGUCUGUGUAUCGUCCAAGUCCACAACGAACAGUAAUAUGGGAAAAUCGUGGAAACUGGACGAUUAAGAAUGGUUUACGAAUGAAUACUUUCGACGUGGCUUCGGCACGGAGAAGGAAUCUUCAGCAGUCGGCUCUUAAAUCUUGUAUCGUGAUGACAAAUCCUGACACGGUCAAUCACUUGACUGAUUUUAAGUAUAAUACCAUAGAUCCUAUUACAAAGGUCAAUUAUAUCUGGGUACUCCAUUUAAUAAACCGGAUGAAUGCAAC